UUAGAUGAAGUCAUACUUAAUGAAAUGAUACGAAUGAAAAUAUAAAUCAAUAUUUUGUAUGUAAACUCAACUGCUUCUAUACUCAACUCUUAUGUUAAUAACUCCAAAAUGGAGACGCAGCGUAUUAUUGUGAUAUCUGCCAUUGUGGCCAUGUGCAUCGCUGUAUUGAUGUCUGGAUAUUUCACUCGGAUAAAGAAUCAAGGUGUGAAAAGAAUGAAGGAUACUGCCCACAGGGAUAUGCCGAGUGCCAGAAGUGAUAUUAAUUCGCAAACUUCGUCUUCUCAGUCUCAAAAGAAAGAAGGUAAUAAUAACAAAGGAAAGAAGAAAAAUUGGGCAAAAACUAUGCUCCCAUUUUACAGCUUGGGAAUAAUUGCUUAUGUUUUGUUUGUUGUGGGAAAAAUUAUGUCAAAAAAGUAUUCAGAUGUAAGGAAAAAUGAUCAUGUGAAAUUAAGUUGGAACAAGCAGCAACGUUCAACCAAGGGAAAAGCAAAAACCAAAAUUACAAUGCAUGAACUCCGUCAGCUUGAGGACAAAUUACAAGAGACUGAGAAAGCUGUACAAGAGAUAUUCUCCAGAGCAUGUGAUGCGAUGUCUGCGACACAAAAGACUUUAGAUAGUGAUAGUUCUGAUGAUGAACACAUUCCAUCUCUUACAAGAUAUCCAUCCACUUCUGCCACCAAUUCUGAAAAUGAAGAGACUGCUAACCGAAAUAAAACAAGGUUAAAGAAGGGCGUUCGUGAUCAAGAAAUAUUUGGAAUCAAGCGUGUUCGGAGAAUAAAGCGAAGUAUUCGUGAUAGAAGCAAAGCGGCAGCACCUUAUAUGUUACAAGAAUCUUCUAGUGACGAUGAAUGUGUGAGUCCUAUGAAUACAAGAGAUGGUCGAGGUAAAAUUUCAGAUUCAUCUCUGCUGACACAACCACCAAAUCAACAAGAAAAUAAUGAAGAACUUAUGGAAACUGCCAAUAGUAUCAGGAAGACAAUGUCUGAGUUGCAGGUUUAUUUGGAUGAUAAAAAGGCUGAACUAAGUGGAGAUUAAACUGCUUGUUCUCAAAUGAUUUUUGUAGAUUUUGAAAUAUAAAACAUGUAGUGGAUAUAGUACAUAGCAAUUGAUACAAUAUUUUAUAAACCUAUUUUUGUACUACAUUAUUAUCUCUUUGCAUCAUACUCUUGCUUUUCAAUUCAUAAUGUCAAAAAGGCUUCUUAGAAAGUACCAGCAUUCUGUUUUUGAUGCCAUGAGGUAAAGAUCAAAAUAUCUGAAUCAAUUAUGGAUACAAUGUAAACUAAAUGUUUUAUUUUAGCUAGUUAUUUUAUGAGGCCGUUAAUAGAUUUCUUAAAGCGGAAUCAGCACAUUAUGUGAUUAUUUAAUGCUUCAGCGUCAAUGAAAAUUGGCAGAUAAUACUUUUUUUUUAUUAAAUUCUUAUUAAUUUCAAUCAAUGAUGGUGAGUUAUUUCACUGUGAAGCGACAUGAACUUUAGCUAGCGCAUUGCAAUAUUGUGGGUCAUCUGCCGUAGCGUAAAUGAAAACUGGCCGAUAAUACUUUUUUUUAAAACUCUCUUUAAUUUCAAUCUAUGAUGGUGAGUUAUGUCACUGUGAAGCGACGUGAAUUUGAGCACAUUGCAAUAUUUGUAAGUCUUUAUGUUAUUCCUGAAAUGUGUUGUAUGCGAUCGAUUAAUGAUUAACAAAAACUUGUGUUGUGCUUUCAACAGAGGCCAGACGCGUUACGAUCAGCUCCGAUUCAGAUAUCCCUAAAUAUUUAAUGAUAGGUUCGAUUAUUUUUUUGCAGUUUGCAGACAUUUGUUGUCGCUUAAUGAAAUCAAAGCUUUACGUUAUGUUGUAAACAUUAUUUUCGUGCUUUAUUGUCACUGUGCUUAUACUUUUUUAUAUCUAUGAAUGUCGUUGUUGUGAAAAUAUUAUAUUCUGCAAUCUGCAGUCAAUACCUGACAUACUUACCAUGUCAAAAAUCCAAACCACUACUAGAGA